ACGAGACGUGCUGCUGCAUUCUGGAUCAGUUGCAGAGGACGAAUCGUGGACAGAGGCAGGCCUGCCAGGAGUGAGUUGCAGUAGUCCAGUCUUGAAAUAACAAGGGACUGAACAAGCACCUGAGUAGCCUGUGAAGAAAGAAAUGGGCGAAUUCUUCUGAUAUUGUAAAGAAGAAAUCGACAAAAGCGAGGCGGAUCUGGUCUUUCGUGCUUUCGUUUUCCAAGACGGCAGUCCGUUGGUGGACCUGUCGCGGGGUGUCCCGGAGUGUCCCGGAGUGUCCCCCUCCCGUCGUGUCCCUGUUUAGUCUGAUGAUGGCUCUCAGAGAAGAUCACACGUUGCUUUUAGCUUUAAUCUGGACCACAUGUUCCAGCUUCACACUCGGGACUCAUGAGUUAAAGGCGAGGAUCAGAGUGAAGAGAGAAAAUGGAUCGUUUCUUAGUUUUGGCACAUUGAGUGGACACAAGUUGAAUAACCUGAAGCUGGUCCAUGAUCCCUACAGUAACAACAUCUAUGCAGGAGGUCCACAUGGCCUGUACAUGUUAAAUCCAGGAGAAACUCCAGCACUGAAGAAGGUCUCCGUACCAAUAUUUAAACCAGAAUGUUGUGGCGGAAUGCCAGAAUGCAUCUCUAGUGAUUGUGGAUACAAAAUCUCUCUGCUGAAAGAAGGGAGGAAUUUAAAUCCACUGUUCAUGUGUGGAACCAGGGACAAACGUACAAAGUGCUGUGAUGUGAACUCAGAGCACAAUGCCACUGGCUGCUUCGAACUGAUUAAUCCAACACAAAUCACACAGCCGUCCUUGCACGUUGGUGAUUCUCUAUAUUACACCGUCUCCACCGAGGACCACGGUCAGCCAGGCCUCUACAGAUCUUCCAUGGGUAAAUUCACCUGGCCACCGCCGAGAACAACCGAGCAGAGGUAUGUAACAAUCUUUGGAAAUCAAGGCAGUGAGUUGCUGGAUGGAAAAGUGUACUCCUUCUACAUGGAGCAGAACCAGAACCAGGACCCGGAGACACCCGUCUGGAUCCCCCGGGUUUCUCAGAUCUGCACGGCGGAUCAAGGUGGCAGCAAAUCAGUGCUGCAGUACCGCUGGACGUCCAUGCUGACCGCACGCCUGUUUUGCGGAGAUGAGAAGAGACAUCUCUCGUAUACAGAGCUCCUGGACAUUGUUGUGCUGGAAGAUGGAGAAUGGAAAAACACCAUAAUUUAUGGCCUUUUUAAAAACGCCUACACUCUGAGGGCCGUGUGUUUUUACAAAAUGUCCGACAUUAUUAACGUUUUUGCGAGCAACAAUAUCAAAGACCAAACUGAGACUUUUUCUUCACCAAGUCCUGGAGAGUGUGUAGAAAACAGUCGAACGUUAUCACCAAGCUUACUAAAGUUUAUGGAAAAGCAUCCUGAGAUGAGCCAGUGGAUUAAACCUGCCCAGGCCCCUCUGUUGUUCAUGCACCAUCACUACACACACCUGCAGGUGGACAGAGUGGAGAGCAGGACGUCAGGAAAUAGCCAUCAUGUUGUUCUCUUUAUGGCUCUAGAGAAUGGCAACAUCCAUAAAAUUCUGGAGCAGGAUGGUGACCCCUUCAUCAUUGCAGAGUACGAGCCCUUUAAAUCCAAGACCCACAUCUCCAGCAUGCUGCUCAACAAUAAAACACGUUUCUUCAUGCAAAAAAAGCUGUUUGUGAGCUCCAGCAGCGAUGUGAUCCAGAUCGACCCGUACAACUGCAGCAUGUACGGUAAUGACUGCGGCUCGUGUGUGAUGGCCCGAGACCCGUACUGCGGCUGGGACUUGGAGAAGUGUUCAGCUAACAAAAGAUCAUUAAUUCAAGACGUGACCCAUGGAAACCACUGUGUAUGUGACAAUGAUGUCCCCACAACCGAUGAGUUCCGUGACAAUAGAGACUCUCCCAUUAGCGUGUCUCAAGACUCUAAAUUCUACCUUAAAUGCCCCAAGGAAUCCCAGCAUGCCUUAUACACUUGGGACCACCAGGGCAGGACGAUGCCGUGUGUCUCAACUGAUCAGGACUGCCUUUUACUGAUCGACAGCAUGAGCCAGAGGGACGAGGGAGUUUAUACAUGCAUCGCUACAGAGAACGGAUAUGAGAGAACGAUCAUACGUCACGAGCUGCAGAUGAACACUGCCUCGGAGACAAGAGCGACUAAUGUAGCUUUAGCAGGCAUUCUGUUCCUGAUCUCUGAGAUCUGCAAGCGCUGUGUGUGAUGCUGAAUUUCCGUGUAGUAACUUAUGUUUUUUGAUGGAGUAAAACAAGCAAAGAGAAUAGGAAAAACAACAACAACAACAACAACAAGCAAAUUGAAUGAUGUCCAGCACCAUACUGGUCCUCGAUAUGCAGUAUCGUUGACACAGUGCUCCUAGUGGCUGAUGCCAAUACAGCCUCCUAUGUUUUAGUAAAUUAAACCUGUUUACAAUGCUGAAUGUUCAUCUUCCUGUACACAGAAGUAUACACCAUAAGGUGUAAAAAUUGCAAGAUUUAUCUUAGCAACUGACCCACAUUUUCCUGAUAAAUACAGUAAAAUUAUGCCAUAUGUUUUUCCAUCCCAUGGGACUUAGAAAAGAAGUAAGUGUGACCUAAAACCAUUUUAAAUCAUGAAUCACAAAGAGAGGUUUUAGCUGAAUUUCAACAUAUUAAUUAGGGCAGCAACAACGAAUCGAUAAAAUCGAUAAAAAUCGAUUACUAAAAUAGUUGGCAACGAAUUUCAUAAUCGAUUCGUUGUGUCGUGCGACGUGGAGACAUUUAAUUAUUUAAAAAAAUACAAAAAAUACAAGCCGAGGUAGGAGAAAGAUACAUGGCGGCGGAUGCUGGGUCCCAGUGCGCGUUUCUUACUGGUAUGAUCAACAUCCGUGUAAAACAUUUUUUUUUUGUGUGUCUGUAAGCGUGUGUGUACAGUGCGCGUGUACAGCAAAACACGCAUAUAGACAAGUCUCAUUAGAGACGUUAAUUUUCUGUCUCUGCUCAAGACUUAGCCUGCUGUGUCUGUGUGGGUAUGUGUGUCUGUGUGCGCGCGUCAUUGUUAUGCCCUAAAAUGCCCCUCUGCCAUGGAUUGCCCCCCUCAGCAUAAUCGCUAUUAAAUAUUGUAUUAGAACAUAAAUUCAUAGGUUAAUGGUUUACAAAUUACAAAUUGCAUGAGACAAUAAAUUAAACUAAGAAAUAUAAAAAUAAAUAUGUUGUAUAUGAAAAAUAUUAAUAUUAUUUUUUUCAUAUACAUGUAUACUUUUAUAUUGUUUAUUUUAUAAUAAAUUAGUUUCGUCUAAUUUUUUAUCAUAAACAAUAUUUAUUUUUAUUAUAUAUAAAUGUUUAUUUGACAAACCCCUGAAAAAUAAAUGUGCCACAAAAUAAACAUUAUACAAGAAUUUGUAUUAAUGGUCUUGACAGCUGUCACGUGCCUAGAUGUUAUUAUAAUAGUAAUAUCAUAUUUGAUGAUAAUAGACCUAUGAAUUUAUAUUGUAAUAUAAUAUUUGAUAGCGAUUAUGUAGGUGGGGCAAUCCAUGGCAGAGGGACAUGUUGGCGCAUAACACCGGAACGAAUUAUGCUCGUACUCCAAGGUUCCACUGUAUAUAUUUGGCAGAUGUAAAGCAUACAUGUCUAUGUUUUUUGUGUUAGUCCAUUUUUUUUAUUUUUUAUUAUUACUAUAACAGCUUAAGGAGCAAUAUGUUUUUGGAUUUUCUAAAGAUUUUAGUUCUGUUUUGAAUAAAGGGUUGGAAAGAAACUAUUUUCUCAGUUUUCUGUUGCUUAUCCAAUUAAUCGGGAGAAAAAUAAUAGACCGACUAAUCGAUUAUUAAAAUAAACGUUAGUUGCAGCCCUAAUAUUAAUGCUUUUUUUAAUUAUUAAAGAUCAAUGCUAAGAUUUGUCAUACUGUGCACUUUUAAUGGGAUUAAUUCAACAAAUAGAUGUAUUGAUACAUUCAUAAACUCUAAUUUCACUUUGUUUGUACGUGAUAAAGUCGUCUAUCUAUC